AUGCCGCCUCAUCCCCUCGAGCUUCCAUCCACCCUUUCGCCCGACGCCCUCGACACCCUCACCGAGCUGACGGGCAUCCUUACCCGCCUGCGCGCCGCCAUCCAGACCUCGGGCUCCGUCGGCGGCAUUACCGGCGCCACCCCGGCCGGCACCGGCGCCGGCGCGACACCCAACCCACUCGGCAGCGCUAGCCCUAACGCCCCUCUGUCUCUCAAGGACGUGCCGGCCCAGACCGACGCGUUGAAGCACAAGCUCCAGCGCGCCCGCACACAGAUGCGCCAGCUGCCGGAUAUGGACCGCUCCAUCAGCGAGCAAGAAGAGGAGAUCAGCCAGCUUGAGGAGCGCAUCAGGAUGCAGCGUGAGGUGUUAGAACGGCUGAGAGAGCUGGGCGUCCAGUUCGGGCACGAGGAGGGCGGCACGGGCGACAAGAUGGAGACGGAGUGA